AUGGCUCCAGACAUAGUCAAUUUGGAGUUGCAUCGCAUCGACUCAGCCACAGAUACUAGUGAGCGCUCUCGAACCCGAAGAAAGAGCAGUAGGACAAGUGCACAACAUGCUCUUGACCUCAGGAUUUUGGGUGUGUGUGGCGGAAGCGGGCUGAACGAACUCAACUACGCGCUGGUGCAUUAUCGUCAAGAUGCACCGAAUGCCCCGCUACGUGUAGAAAUGCUACAACACUGUAAAAUACCAAUCCCCUCCAUGGUACGAAACCCCAUUCUCGACUUGCUUCGCGAGGUCCCGCGCAAACCCUCCGUAAUCCUACGACUCAACGCACUCCUAGGCCAUAUGUUUUCAAAGGGUAUUCAGUCUUUCUGCCAACGAUACAGUCAUCUACCUACGUCCAUCCAUCUUGUAGGUACAUACGCCCCCGACCUGCGGCGUUUGGGCCUCCCUGAAACGGACAAUACGAAUAGCCACCUGCUCGGUUGGAAUACCGUCGUCACAGCGGAGACGGGCAUCACUGCUGUUUCCGACUUCUCAGUCACCGAAUUUGGACUCACUAGACCCUCUAUACCUCCUAUCGCCUUUGUCGACAGACUGCUCCUCCGACACCCUACAAAGUUUCGUGUUUGCUUAGACAUUGAAGAGCUCGCCAACAUCAGUUUCAUUCCCGGCCUGGUCGAUUACGCCUCUCACCCUACGAUAUCCCGCGACUGUGGCCCAGGCAGUUUGCUCAUCGACUACGCUAUGCGAUACUGCACCUCGAACGAUCAAAGCGAAGACUACAACGGAAAGUUUGGAUCUGAAGGACAAGUCAACCAAGUUGUUGUAGAUCGAUUCCUCAGGACACACGAUUAUUUCUACACGGCACCGCCAUUGAGCAUGGCCCGAGAGAUGUUCGGUGACCAUGAGGCCCAACGACUCAUCGACGAAUGCAUUUAUCUCAACAUGUCUAACGCGGACAUCAUAGCCACGACCACGCGAAUAACGGCACAAAACAUGCUAAAGCAGUAUCUUAGACUACUUCAGCUCUGCUUUCCACUGGGUCAGAAAGUUGAUGAGCUUUUUAUCUGCGGUCCGAGUGCAAGGAAUAUGAACCUUAUCGACUACCUCGAAAAGGAGCUCCCCGAAAGCGUCGUCACCAAACCACUAGACGACCUCGGAAUACCGGGCGACGCGAAUGAAGCGGUCUGCUGCGCGCAUCUGGCACUAGAGGCUGUCCUCGGACAAGCAACCACAUCAGUCACCACACCCUCAUCACCAGGUGACGCGCUACAAGGAAAGAUCGUACACGGGACCAACUGGGAAGAGCUACUAAAACAUAUAAGUCUGUUUAGUGAGGGUGAAUUACUUCAUGUCACAAAAGACGUCAGGGUUGCAUGGAAUCAUGAGACCACAAUCAAAGGCCGUGGUAUCCGUAAUCCUCCUUGA